AUGACUUCUCCCCAUCCCCCUCGUAGCUACUACUCCCCUACCCAAUCCUUCGAUGAAGAUGCUCCCAUUCGUUCUUUCCCGGACUCUGACUACGGCGACACCGGCUCCCCUCAUGAAAGCGUGCCCGAUCCCAUCCCCGCGGCAAUCGUUGCGGAGGGUCUUAACGAAGGCAAAACCUUUGGCGAUCGUCGGGAUCGCUUAUUAGCUUCGAUCCCCCCUCUACCGUUCAAUGGAGAACCUAUGGCGUACUCGUCCGACCAAGACGGAGAGUAUGAACUUGAUGAUUCUACCGCGGCGUCUAUUCCAGACACUGGUCCUGACCAUCACCCCGUUGUCGAUGAAUCAGCCAUUGAUCUGAACGGCUUCCAUUAUGCCCUUGAUACUACGAACGGUAUUGCUAGGGAUAUUGGGUCCCCUAACCUGAAUGAAAGCGCGGUAUCCCACAUAGACCCCAGCUUACAGCUCCCCUCUGGGGCCGAUGACCAAGGUGAUAUAGGUACGCAGCUCUAUCUUUCAGUAGUUUAA